AUGAAGAUCAUCAACCCGGUCCGAGACUCGCAGUCUCCCCGCACGAAACGCCUAACAACUUUCCAUCCCUUCCUUAGGCUUCCAGCCGAGCUACAGCUCCAAAUCUGGGAGAUGUCCCUCGAGGACUAUGGGCUUCUCCGGUUGAAAGACUCCGAUGUCAUAAGUCUCUAUCCGAUGAACCUGAGAUUCUUGGACAGCGCCCCCGGUCAGCAGCCCGAAAUUAGACGACGGCUCCACAUCCCGGUCCCACCCCUCAAGCAAGUCUGCCAUACAUCCCGCCACACUGCUGAGAGGUGGCUCAAUCGAGAAUUGGCUCGCUACGAAGUGCUCCGGGCGGCGGAAUGCUGCGACCCUCCCGACAAAGACGACUCACACUCCCCGUUAGAGAGGCUUUGGAUAUUUUCCUUGGUCCGAAAAACCCAGCAAGACCACGAGAAAAGGAUCGUGCACUACACGACCAACUGCUGGCAGAGCUCUUGGGAAGCCGGCUUGGACUAUGGAAGUAACCAGGUCUACGUCUCGCCGGACGACUACCGGCAAGUGCGGGCGCAAUGGGAAGGGGGCUACCUGCCGAAGCUGCUAUGGCAUCGCCGCCGCGGCCAGCAGCGGAGGCGGUGGUGCAGCUGGGAGCUGACCGUGCCGCUCGAGGUGCUGCAGCUCGAUCUUGACGCGCUUGUAAUACUGUUUGGCAAUGCCGUCUGUGGACUCCAUGACUUAUAUAUCGUCGUCGACGGGCUGCCGCGAGGUCGCGCCGGCGGGCACAUCAAGACUACGGACUGGGUGGUGAUUGACCGGGAAACGCCAAAGUAUCGCCACGGGAAGCAGCUAGUGCGGGAGCCGCUGGGAAAUCACCUCGCGUGGGAUGACGGGGAGAGUAUCUUUAAGCAAGAGGUCUAUGACCUGAUCGAGGCUGCGGCCCGUCGGGUGACCAUUUCCACCUGGGGGGAUUUCAAGGUCAUCCCUGUGGUGGCGGAGCAUAGAUUUCGGCUUAGGUAG